AUGGCUGUCCUCCCAAAGAACAUUUGGGUCGCCGCAGGUGAUGGCGACCUCGAUAGAGUUAGGGUUCGUCUUUCUCUUCUCCCCCUUCUGUCUCUCUCAAUCAUCGAUGUCCCUCUAGGUGCUCAUCGAGCAGCACUGCAAGUCUUCUUCUGUCCUCCGGAGUAUGCUCGACAAAUCGAUAAUCAAAAUCUCCAUUUAGCCCUCUCUCCCAACAUGCCGGAUCCCUACACCUACACUCCAAUGCAUGCUGCCGCUUCCUACGGCCAGAUACAUGUGUUGGAGUAUCUAUUGUCGUGCGGGGGAGACAUCAAUAUCACAGACAGUGAUGGUGAUACUCCUCUCUAUACCGUAGAAAAUCUCGAAACUGCCCGCUUCCUCGUUCAACAUGGUGCAAUCGUGGACCGUCACAAUCUAGAGGGUGUCUCCCCAAUCGAGCAUCUCACAGAAGAGUUUCCCCAAAUCGCCGACUAUCUGCGGUCCACGCUCGACCCAGCCGUCCUCCCAUCCACAGCUGCCACGACCUCGCCCUCUCAGCAUUCACAAAAUCUUGCUUCCGAACAGCUCACAUCUGCACUGAUGUCUUCUGUACAGGAAAUUAUGGAACGGGCCGAAGCCGAGGGACAGGAUCCUGAAGAAGAACUUCGCCAGCUCGUUAGCAGGACCGUUUUGGAAGGAGUAGUCACUGGCUACGAGAUGACCGUCGAUAGCAGCGAUACCACUCAUCCGAGAGACGGUAGUGCCCAGGACGGCACCCCGUCAAAGCGCCCGCGAAACGACGACAGCACUGCCUAG